AUGAGAAAACGAGAUGAUAGUGAUGAUAAUCAUAUCCGAACGUCGCCUAUUUCAUCGUCAUCAGUACCUACUACACAGCCAAUAGCUGAACAACAAAAACAAAUUUUAUCGAAUAAUGUUAAAUUGGAUUUAUCGCCGCCUCUAAGUCAGAUGACAGUUAAUGAUAUUUGUGAUUGUUUAAAGAAUGAUGUUAUCGGUUUGAAACCAACAAUGAUACCAAUCUAUAUUCAAGAUAUAAAUGAAAAUAAUAUUAGUGGUCGAGUUUUAAUAACAUGUGAACUUGAUGAACUUAAACAAAUUCUUUCCAUGACUUUCGGUGAUUGGGUACUUUUUAGUAAUUGGGUACGAACAAAACGAGAAGAAGAACAACGUUCUCGAUUUCAUCUACAGUCACAAUAUACACCAUCAACUAGUAAUAAUGAUCAUCGAAACCUAUCAAACGAUGAUCCUUUUAAUGAAUAUGAAUUUCAUUCUGAAAAUGGUGUAUUUAGUGCUGCACUUAAUCGAUUAUUUUCUAACACAUUACCAAAUAAAACAAGCAAUUCUACUGAUGAAGUACUUGUGUAUGAUAAUAAUAAAGUAUCAUUUGUUUCAGUACCAAAAAAUGUCACAUUUCUCAUUCCAUCGGGUCUAUCUGGUAUAACUUCAAAUGAUAGUACAUUCAGUGCUAUCGAAUCAACAAUACGAACAACUACUCAUAUUAAAGAUAUAUUUCCAGUGAAAGCUUCAUCAGAAUCUCAAAGCAUAACAAAAGAUGAGACAGAUAUGGUUACUUCUUCUUCAUCUCCGAACUCUGUAACAAAUACAUUAUUAUUCGAUAAAGAAAAUGAACAAGAAAUCAUUAAGAGUGUCAAUGAAGAAAGUCAUUUACUGAUGAAUGAUUAUUUUAAUGAUAAAUGA